AUGGUGCCGGCAGCUACCGCCAAGUACGAUUGGAUUCUCGCUCUUACCACAAUCGCCUUCGUUUUCAGUGCCUUCGGAAAUGGAGCAAAUGAUGUCGCCAACUCUUACGCGACUUCGAUCGCGGCUCGAACCCUAAACAUGGCCACAGCAGGUGUCCUGGCCAUCAUCACAGAGUUCAUUGGUGCUGUGGCAAUGGGCGCCAGAGUCACAGAUACAAUCAAAAAUGGUAUUAUCGGAGUGGACAGAUUUGAGGGGAAGCCUGGUGCUCUCAUGCUGGCUAUGGGCUGCGCCGAGGUUGGCAGUGCAUCAUGGUUGAUGUUUUCCACCAUGGUUGGCUUCCCCGUGUCAACGACCCAGACCAUCGUCGGCGCUCUCAUCGGUGUCGGUUUCGCAUCUCAGUCUUCGAUUAGCUGGGCUUGGGAAAAGGGAAGCGUAUCUCAAGUGGCUGCAUCAUGGGGCAUUGCUCCACUUAUUGCUGCUGCAUUCUCUGCGCUCAUCUUCGGAACACUCAAGUAUGCGGUACUUGAGCGACGCGAUUCGUUCAAGUGGGCCAUGCGUCUCAUUCCAUUCUACCUGUCUAUGACGGGUGCCAUCUUGGCUCUCUUCAUUGUCGUCGAGGCCCCAACUGCACCCUCGCUGGAGGAGUUCGGAGCCGGUAAGGCGGCUGGAAUUAUCCUUGGUGUCUUCUUUGGCUGUCUUCUCGUUUCCUACGUUUUCUUCGUCCCAUAUUUCCAUCGUCGUAUUCUCAAGAAUGAUCCUCGAAUCAGGUUCUAUCAUGUUCCUCUCGGGCCUCUGCUUUUGAGGGAAGACCCUCCUCUCUAUUUCCCGAGCACCAGGGAAUCGGCGGUUACCAACUAUUACGAAGACGCAUAUGGCGAGGUACUCGCUGGACAGAAAGACAUGGUCAAGGACCAAACAACUGCAAAUGCGGAUUCCGUGCUUCCUUCGCCUGAAAUCACACCAAAGCAGUACACCGAGCGACCGGAUGAUGACGAAGAGAAGAAAUUAGAUUCUACGUCUACCCCUGCAGCCAAGCCGCGCACGAAGCACGUUGAGCCCAAAGAAAGAUUCAUCGACCCAGUUAGGGACCUUUCUUGGACGGAUCCCAAGAGAUACUGGGGAUAUACCAAGUGGCUAUUUUUGCAGGGAGUGACAAGGGACGUUGUCACCCACGACUCCCCCCGAACUACGCGCCAUCCACGCCCGAGCGCAUCGAUACGAUGA